UCGUCAAUGUGAACGGCAGCAUGUCGAGCUCUCAGUCAAAGGCAUGUUUUUGGCUAAGUCUGCUUAUCAGCAGCAUGCUUAUCAGUCUGAACGUAAGUGAAGGCAAUACCGGUGCAUCCUUUACUGUGGAGAAGAUUGAGCUGCUCUACAAUCAGGUGCUCCAGUCGAGCAUAGAUAACUGUCAAACAGCACUGCAGCAACUGAAUGAUACUAGUAAUGCCAUCGAUAAGCAAUAUUUUAUUGAGCUGGAUAAACUUGUGGGCAGUCAGGAUUACUAUAGCACCGCCUACUUUAUCUUUGCCUUGAUCCACAGCUCGUUAUUUAAUCAGCAAUCAUCUGACCAACUGCUGCUCGCUGUUCUUCCAACCGAGAAGGCUUCCAUACGCCAAUUCUUCUCCAAAGUCAGAAAAGAAUUACUCGCAUAUUUCACAUAUACUCAUCAAGUGCAUUUGGAUCUAAUGCAAAAUGUAACCCUCUGGCAAAAUGAAUCUGCAGAUAGUCUUCUGCUAUCCUACCUAGAAUUCCCGCAAACGCUGCAGAAUCAAGUGCCAGAACUGCGCCUCGUGGAUUAUCUAAAGCAAGCCAAGGGCAUUGUGGAAGGCAUUGCCCGGGAGCUUCAAUUAACUUGAUUAUCAAAUUCGAUUUCGUAGAUCUGUCUCAAUGACCAGAAUAUUCUAUUUUUGACAUGCCUGAUUAUCCGACGGUUUCUUAUAAAUGCUACCUGGCUUUAUAUAAUUCAAUUCAAUUCAAUUUAAUUAAAUACAUUCUAUAAGACUUUUAAAUAA